AUGGCUGCAUCCUCGGGCUCUGAGUACGAGGACGAGCAUGCCAGCUGCAGCGUGUUGCUCGCCAAGAUUCGGAACGAGGACAGCCUGCUGUGCCUGCCGCCGCACGACCAGUUCCGCUGGCUGCACCGCUUCUACUUGGUGCUGGACCGCAUCGCCGAGCAGCACAGGGUGUACAAGCUGUACGGCGGCCCCCACGGCUUCAUGAUCAGCACCGGCGUGGCUGAGGCGGACGCCGACCACGCCGCCACGCUCCUCCGCUUCUCGCUGCACCUGCUGCAGGCCGCGCAGAGCGUGAGCGCCGCCGCCGCGGGGGCCGCCCUUAUCCGGCUGGCGGGGUCUGUCCCGCUGGAUCUUGUCAUGGUGAUGGCCAGCGGCCCCGCCACCAGCGGCCUGCUGGGCACCACCAGCCUCACCUACCAGAUUGUGGGGCGGUGCGUGUCGGUAGCCCGGGAGGUCAUGGAGACACAGCAGAAGGUCCCCUUCAUCGUCACCAGCGGCAUGUAUGACAGCCUGGACCCCUCGGUGGCGGGCGAGCUCACGGUGCUGGGCAGCAUGCCGCUGCGGUGCUGCCCCGGCGAGCAGGAGCAACUGUACAGCCUGCCGCGGUAUACCGCGCUGCCCAUGUCCAAGCUGCGGCUCGAGGAGGGCCCUCACCCCUUCCAUGUGGCAGCCGGCGUCGGCGGCGAUGCCAAGCUCAGCAAGAGCCCGGAAGGCGCAGCGGCGGCGGAGCAGCAGCCGAAGCAACAGCAGUGGGCGGCACGCGCAACGUACACGUAUGUGGCAGGCGUGGCUAAGACGGUUGCAGCAGCCCCUGCCGGGGGCUAUGCGGCAGCAGUUGCAGGAGCAGGCGGCACUGGGCUGGCGGGCAGGCAGGCACUGGCAGAGCAGGCAGAGGUGGAGGCGGCUGGAGCCCCAGCCCCAGCGCACAUUGCUGCCAGCCUGGCGGCGGCAGCCAAGCUGCAGCCGCCCGCUGGCGUGACUGUGACGAGAGAGGGCAGCCUGCCAUACAACCAAGCCAGCUCUGAUGCCUGGCUGGAAGCUGACCUGCUGCUGCGGUUUGAGGACGCCCACCUGGAGGCCGCCUUUGCGCGGUUCAAUAACGAGGCGCAGCACAGAGGCGAGCUGGCCUGGCUGAUGCUGGGCCUGCUCACGGCGGCACUGUAUGCUGUGGCGUGGACGAGCCCCGCCAUCUCCCCCCUCCGCCUCCUCCAGUUCCAGCUGCUGCCCGCGCUGGGGGCCCUGGCGUGCCGCUACCGCCACGAGACGUACCUGAGGUACCGCGAGGCGCUGUGGUUUGUGCAGCGCCUGCUGCUGCUGCUCUCCACCUCGCUCCCCGGCUGCUUUGCGUUUGCCCACGCCAGCACCACCCCCAUGUUCGCCUUUGGGCUCUGCAACAUCGGGCUGGAGGUGUUCACGCGGCGACUGCGCCUGCACCUCCAGCUGCUCAACUCGCUGCUCAUCUAUGCCAUCACGCUGUCGCUGAUGAGCCUGCACCCCGAGGGCUCCCCGGGGCGCACCCUGAUCACACCCGCCUACCUGUCGCUGCACCUGGCAAUCACCGUGCUGGCGCCGGUGCUGGUUGCUGGCGGCUGUGACUACAUGACGCGCCUGGCUUUCCAGGCGCAGAUGCAGCGGGCAGGCCUGCUCACACCGGCCAAGCCAAAGCAACAGUAA